UCUGAACUCUCACUCAUUUGCAAAUGUUUUUUUUUUUUUUUUUUUUCAAUUUUUAGAAAAUAAGUGGAAGGCAAGUUCGUGUAAUAUUUUUCCUAUUUCAAUGAAAUGUUAAUUCUGAGGACUUGAUCUAGAGGCCUUGUUUUGGCCUGUGUUGUAAUUCGAACUAUGCCGAAAUCGAACUUUUCGCUCGGCAUAACUGGAGAUGGAAGAUGUUUGUUCAGGUCAGUGGUCUAUGGUGCUAGCCUGAGAGCAGGAAAGGCAUGUCCAAGUGAGAAAAUUCAGAGAGAACUUGCAGAUGAGCUCAGAGAAAAAGUUGUAGAUGAAUUCAUAAAGAGGCGAGCAGACACUGAAUGGUUUCUUGAAGGUGAUUUUGAUGAUUAUGUUUUAAGGAUGCGGCAGCCCCACAUCUGGGGAGGAGAACCUGAGCUGCUCAUGUCCUCACAUGUCUUACAGAUGCCCAUCACAGUGUACAUGUCAGAAAAGAACUCCAACGACCUUAGUAUAGCGGAAUAUGGUCAAGAGUAUGGCAAGGAAGACCCAAUCUGUGUUGUAUAUCAUGGUUAUGGACAUUACGAUGCAUUGCAGAAUCCUGCCAGCACUAAACAAUCCAAGUCGCGCAAGCAAAGAUGACCGCUCGUGAUUGAUUGGCUUGUUUAGCUUCUUAGAGCUUCUUAUACUCAGACCUUUGGCUGUCUGCGAUACUAAAAAUGAAUGUUGUUUCUCUUGUAAUAGCUAGUUUGUAAUGAUAGGAAAAACAGUGUAUGAUUGCAGAUGAUGAAGGCUUCUGAGUUGAAUUCCUGAUUGAUUUCAAGAAAAAUCUCAUGUACAACUCUGGAAUUUGGAAUCUCUAGAUAAUGAAAUUUAUUUUGUUAUUUCAAUUAGGAAGUUAAAGAUAUGCAAACCCUCUGUUAUCUCUUUAA